ACACACUGGCGGAAGCUGUGGUAAAUACUUCCUCCUUCAGCCUGUGAGAUCUGAAAGUAUAUCAUCAUGGCAGGCCCAAAGAGACGUACAGAUGACUGGGCUCUACGGCCUUUCUCCGACGAGCUACAGAAGAGUCAGCCACACGUGUUCUCUCCCUUUCUAUGGACCCAAUUCUUCCUACUCAUGGGACUAGGAACCUCUGGAAACGACUCAGCACCAACAGUGGUGGCAGCAAUUCUAGGGGGUGUGGCGACUUUCCCCCUCAACAUUUCAGUAGACACAGAGAUUGAGCAUGUCACCUGGAAUGGUCCCCAAAACGCUCUUGCUUUAGCCGACUCAGAUGGAAACGUUAUUUUUAUGGACAGAAGCUACCAGGGCCGAUUAAACAUCAACCGGAACUACUCCUUAUCUCUCAACAACCUGACUCUGAAAGAUGCAGGACCCUACAACGCCCAGAUAAACCAAAAGAAUUCUAGAGUCACCGUUGGUGAGCAAUUCACCCUGCACAUCUAUGAGCAGCUGCGGGAGCCCCGAGUCACCAUGAUGUCCGUGAACGCAUCUGAGAACACCUCCUGUAACGUCACUCUGAUAUGCUCUGUGGAGGGGACAGAGAAAGACGUUCAGUACAGCUGGACCCCGAGGGACCCUGAUGCUUCUGAAUCUUAUGGGGGCUCCACUCUCACCAUCUCCUGGACGCCCUGUGACCCAGACCUGCAGUACACCUGUACAGCCAAGAACCCAGUCAGCCAGAGCAGCUCCCACCCUGUCCACGCCUGGCAGUUCUGUAGAGAUCCAGGAGCCUCCAGAGGAGGAUCAAUGGGGGAGACGGUGGUGGGGGUCCUGGGGGAGUCAGUCACCCUGCCCCUGGCACUCCCGGCCAGUCAGGACAUAGAGAACGUUGUCUGGAUGUUUAACACGUCUAUUAUCAGCAAAGAGCGGGGAGAAGCAGCAAAAGCAGAUCCACCCACUAAGUUUGAGGACCCAGACAAGAACACGAUGUGGGUCUCCAGCCAGGACUACUCCCUGAAGAUUGGCUGGCUGAAGAUGGAGGAUGCUGGCCCCUACCAUGCUUACAUAUGUUCAAAGACCUCUGGAGUCACCAGCAUGAAACACGUCACUCUGCUCAUCUACCGAAGACUGAAGAAGCCCAAAGUCACGUGGAGCCUCGAGUUCACGGGGGAUGGCAUCUGCAGGGUCAGCCUGACGUGCUCAGUGGAGGAUGGUGGACACAACGUGACCUACAGAUGGACCCCCCUGCAGAAAGAAGCUGUUGUAUCCCAAGAGGGAUCUCACCUCCAAGUCUCCUUGAGAAGGGGUGAAAAUCAUCCCAACUUCACGUGCACAGCCAGCAAUCCUGUCAGCAACAGCUCCAGGCACUUUCUUUCUGGGGACAUCUGUCCAGGACUUGGGAUAAGCAGGAAGCUUUGGAUUGGACUCUCCCUGAUAGUUUCCAUCCUUUUGUGCUUUGGGAUCUCCGGCUGCUGCAUUUGGAAGCAAAAAGGAUCAUGUUCAGCCCGAGCUAUCAGUUCCAGCCAAGUUGAGGCCUCAGCUGACACAUCAGAAACUGCUGCUGGCCACUCACUGUAUUGCAUGCUGUCCCAAGGCUAUGAGAAGAUGGAAACUCCCCCUAAGACUGUCAGGCAACAGCCUAAGCCCACUUCUGACAGCAGCUCUGACAGCGAUGGAACAACUGUGGAGGAUGAGGAGACAACUGAUAUGUACCAGCAUGUCAAUAAAAGAGAUCAGGUGUAUGACUUGGUCACUCAGGAGGACACUGGACAUGACUCAACCUCUGAGGAGCAAGCAGAGUAUGACCUUGUCACUCCAGAUGACAGGGUACCUGUACCUGUGGUCGAAGGGGACACAGUGUAUAUGCAAGUGUUCCUCGACUUGCAGGGAAAGACUCCACUUCCUCAGAAGAAAGAGAGUUCAGCCACAAUCUACAGCUCUGUUCAGAAAUCUCAGACGGUGGUGCCACUACCACAACAGAAUGAUUUUGACCCUCCUGAAAGCCCUACCUAUGAAAAUUUCACCUGAGAAGAAAAGCAGCUGUUGCCUCUCUUCCUGGGGUUGGAGAGGUAGCUGGACCUUGUGGGGCCUGGGGCUCCUGCAGCGAGAAGCACUUCAGAAUUUCCUUCAGUGUCUCAGAGAUGCCUACAUUUGACCCUCCCUUUCCUCUCACCCCCUGUGACUUCCCAAGCCCAUUAAUAGAUCAGACACAGGCUCCUUUUUGGAGCCUCUGGGCUUCACGGUGUCCUUCCUCCAUCUGUCUCCUUGUAUGCUCGUACUGUUUCCCCCUGUCAGCUCAGAUGCAUCAUCUCAAAACUCUGCCAAGGCUGGUCAAACGUGGUUGAAGGGGGCCUGGACAUUCACACCAUCUUCUAAACAGUU